GACUCGCAGGCAGCAAAUACGGAGAGCAAAAAGCAAGCCGGGAAAGCGAGAAGGCAGCCGUGAAGAGCUCUGUGUAAGAGCACUGCAAAUCAAAACACAUUGCAGCCGAAGCCCGUAGAUACGCACCGAGCAGCAGCCGCAGCAGCCGCAGCAGCAGCCGCCGCGGGGGCAGCAGAAGCAACGACAAGCGCAGUCUCUCUGAAUGUAUAUGCAUACCGUUAGAUUUAUUUAAACAUCUCCAGCUCACGCAUCAUGGUUUUUCAAACUAGGCUCCCUUCUUGGAUUAUUUUGUGUAACAUCUGGCUGCUUCAUUUUGCACACACGGGGGAGGCACAGGCUGCGAAAGAAGUAAUAUUGCUGGAUUCUAAAGCACAACAGACAGAGUUGGAAUGGAUUUCUUCUCCUCCCAAUGGGUGGGAAGAAAUUAGUGGACUGGAUGAAAAUUACACGCCUAUACGAACAUACCAGGUAUGCCAAGUCAUGGAACCCAACCAAAACAAUUGGCUGCGGACUAACUGGAUCACAAAAGGCAACGCACAAAGGAUUUUUGUAGAACUAAAAUUCACUCUGAGGGAUUGUAAUAGCCUUCCUGGAGUCCUGGGGACAUGUAAAGAAACGUUCAACUUGCAUUAUUAUGAAACAGACUAUGACACCGGAAGGACUAUCAGAGAAAACCAGUAUGUAAAAAUAGAUACUAUUGCAGCUGAUGAGAGCUUUACCCAAGGUGACCUUGGGGAGAGAAAAAUGAAACUUAAUACAGAAGUGAGAGAGAUUGGACCUCUGUCCAAGAAAGGAUUCUACCUUGCAUUUCAGGACGUAGGGGCCUGCAUUGCUCUGGUUUCUGUCAAAGUAUACUAUAAGAAGUGCUGGUCCAUUAUUGAGAACUUAGCGAUUUUUCCAGACACAGUAACUGGGUCAGAGUUCUCAUCCCUAGUUGAGGUCCGAGGAACCUGUGUCAGCAGUGCGGAAGAAGAAGCUGAAAACUCUCCUCGAAUGCACUGUAGUGCAGAGGGAGAGUGGUUAGUACCAAUUGGGAAGUGUAUCUGCAAAGCUGGUUUUCAGCAAAAAGGAGACACAUGCGAACCCUGUGGACGUGGAUUCUAUAAGUCAUCUUCACAAGAUCUACAGUGUUCUCGCUGCCCAAUGCACAGUUUUUCAGACAGGGAAGGAUCUUCGCGAUGUGAUUGUGAAGACAGCUAUUAUAGAGCACCUACUGACCCACCAUAUGUUGCAUGCACAAGACCGCCAUCUGCACCACAGAACCUUAUUUUCAAUAUUAACCAAACUACUGUGAGUUUGGAGUGGAGCCCUCCUGCUGAUAAUGGAGGAAGAAAUGAUGUGACCUACAGGGUAUUGUGCAAGAGGUGCAGCUGGGAACAGGGUGAAUGUGUUUCCUGUGGGAGCAAUGUUGGAUAUAUGCCCCAGCAAACUGGAUUAGCAGACAACUAUGUCACCGUCAUGGACCUGUUAGCUCAUGCUAACUAUACUUUUGAAGUUGAAGCUUUAAAUGGUGUUUCUGACUUAAGCCAUUCCCAGAGGCUUUUUGCAGCUGUUACUGUUACCACUGGUCAAGCAGUGACCCUUGGAUAACUUUCAGCUACGCCAUCUUGAAGCAAUUUCUGAGCAGAGAGCACAACUUCUGUUUGUUGGUCCUCCUGACUGAUAAGAACUGAAGUAUAUCCUCCC